UUGUCAAGGACACACACAAGUGUUCGACAAUGUCGGGAGGGAAAGAAAAACUGAAAAUCGGAUGGAAAAAAAGAAGAAGACACGUAAAAGGAACAAAUGGACGCGCACGUUUUGCAAAAUUCAAUGUCCACGAAAUACGGCGACGCACUUUUAGCAUGGCGAGUCGUGUGUUUGGCUGUCGAUGGGAACAGUUGGGCCGUUGGAAGGUAGGAUGACGUGGCCCGCUGAUCUGGUCAAUGAACCGUGACUCCGAGUCGGGCCAUAACUGUGGCAAUGGUUGGUGAUGUGCUUCUGUAGCCGACAUACACAACAGCCGCGGGCGGCACAACAAAACAAAUACACAGGCCAACAAGAUUCAGGUCCAACUCAAAAUCAAAAUCAAAAUCAAAAUACCCAGCAAAGAGCUCGACUCCAGACACAAACAAAUAAAGAAGAAGAAAAAAUCAUAAAUGCUGUCAAAAUCACAAAGCCGUCAAAACGCUUAACGCAGAGCUACAAAUCCCGAACGGAGUGCAGGAUGCGCAGGGUGCGGCUGUUCGGGGCACAGAUGCGUAUGGGACAGUGGGUGAUUGGGAUUUGGUUGGGAUUGAGGUUUUUGGGGCUGAAGAAUGCCAAAUCAUUGGCACUGACGUCAUAUUUUUCAUCUUCACUGGCAAAAGGCUUCGCUUUGCCGAAUCGUAUAAAAGGCUGCCAGCCACCUGGCCAAGGAAUCAAUUAUUGAAUCCCAAGCCAGGCAUCAAGUUCGAAUCGAGUAUGUUACGUGCCCCCAUGUCAAAAUCUGGCCUGCAGCUGCUGCAAUUGCUCUUGCUGCUCGCAGUCGGCCUGUGCGCUGUUCAAGCGCGCUGGACACUGCGCCCCAGGCGCACCACCACCACCAGCACCACCACAACAAGUACCACUGCCAUGCCGGCGCAAAGUGACCGGCAUCAGCAUGUGCAUCACUGGCCACCAUUAGUGGCACCACAGGCGCCACAAUCACAAUCACAACCAAAACCGCCUGGCCUGCAGCUGCUGCCCGCGCUCACAGCCAACAAGGACAAUACCCGACUUAUUGAUAGCUUCGAUCAACGCUCGCCCGACGGACAACACGAGUACAGAUUUCAGCUGAGCAAUGGAGAUACGCGCUAUGAGCGCAGCUACUGGCUGCCCGUGGGCAAGAGCUUUGUGCUGGCGCGUCGUGGUUACUAUUCGGUGCCAUUGCCCAAUGGUCAGUAUUCGACCGUAUUCUACAGGGCCGAUCACCAGGGGUACCAUGUGGACACGCACACAUUAUCCGGCGAGCAGCCGCUGCUGCCCCGCACCCUCGAUGUGCCACAUGAUGUGGCAGCCAUGAAGUCAACGCCAACAGCUAAGCGAAAUUCAAUAAGCGUGCCAGAGCGUAACGACGAAGAGUUGGCCCAGCAUCCAGAUGCCCUGGCCGUGGGCAUCAACACUUCCCGCAAGAGCACCAGAAGCGGGAGCACAGCCAAAGGUCAAACUGAAGCUGAUGUCCGCCUGGAAACAAAUAACCAGACCCAGACCCAGCACCAGAACCAAACCAAGCCAUCAACUGUGGCCACAGUUGACGACAUUUUUGCAGCUAAAGUUGGCACAGCACCAGCUGAUGAUGAUGAUGAUGUUGUUGCUGAUGAUGAUGAUGAUGAUGAGGUGGCAGACAGUAACAUCAACGUAAACUGAAAGCUAGCUGAAUACGAGGGCGUGAAUGUGAACGCGGAUAAGUUUGGGUUUGGGCAUGGGAACUUUGUCGCAAGCGUGGUCGGUAAAGUGACAUCAAAUAGCUGCACGUGUGGUUGGAUCUGCUCCACUGGCAAGAGCCAUGGGGCUUUUCGCUUUGCUCUGCUCAACUGCCAGGCUUCAGUUGCUCCAAAUCAAAUUGAAGCAAUUGCCGCAGCGAGAGACAUCAUUGAAUACUGCCCCCGAAGAGCUCGAAAUUGAGUACAGCUGAGUUGGCCCUGCCGAAAAUCAUUUUUGGCUGUUGGCUGUUGGCUGUUCCGUAACACAAUUUGCCACCAAGACGACAACAGACCAAUAGAUCGAAAAAGUGAAUAUAUAUACACCACAGGACCAUGAGACCGAGUCACCAACAAACCCAGUCACCAAUACACAUCAUCAAUUGCUCACAUUACGCCCGCAUCAGCAUUGGCUUCAACAGGCUUCGAAUUCAAUUUAAGCAAACAAUAUAUAAUAAAAAUUAUUUCAAAUAUAUUUCCAUAAAAACACGCCUACA